AUGCCCUCCCUUGAGAAGACGCAACGUAUCGAGAUAUCUGUGAAUGAAGAGCACGAGAUGGGCCCUAUCAAUGCUCAGGGCUCGAAGGGGUACGGAUAUAACCAGCCACCGGCAGAUCUUCGCUUCCCGAACAGUGGCCUCCAACAUCCGACACCAUUACGGGGAUAUGAACAGAAUGGUUAUGAUAGCCAAAUCCAACAUCCAUCGAAUCUUGGUUUUGAAUCAUCAAUGCACACAACUGUUCCCCCGGCCCUUCAAGGCUUAAGACAUCAAGAGGGGGGUAUACCGCAACAAAAAAACAUAUCAUAUCAAGAGCCCUCAGGCUAUCAUCAACAGAUGCAACCCGGUUGGAGUGGGCAUGGGAAUAUGGAGCAAAAUGCACACAACGAUUAUCAGACCAAUCCGUACCAAUAUCAAGGAUCGCGAAACCAAUAUGCGCCCGAUGUUUCGAAUUAUCAUAACCAACGGCGGCAAGAGGAGUGGACUGUUGUAUAA